AUGUCUUUCCCGCAGUUCAAGAAACUGCCUCCCGAGAUCCGCCGCAAGAUCUGGGUCGAAGCUCUCCCAGCCCCCCAAAUCUACGAACCGGACUCCCAUGAAGGAAACUGGUACUCGGACAAGGGUACUCGCUUCUUUCACGAGUACUAUUACACUCGCGUCAGAGAGGCGUGCAAAGAAGCAUACGAGGCCUGUAUGUCAUUCGGUCGCUUCACCUUUGGAUGCUUUGGCAACUCCAACAUUCGCGGCCUGUGGUACAACGAUGCCCGGGACGCUAUUUACUAUGCGACCUUAGGCCAGUGGCAUGGAACGAACUUGAAGGCAUCUCGGAAGAUGAUCAUAUCCGUUGAAAUCGCCUUAGAUGAGUUCCUGAAGACUGGUUUCGAGGAUGAGAAGUUUGCUGCCUGUCGCCACCUCGUUGUCGCGCUGUUCAUCGACAGGUACCUUCCCAUCGGGUCCAUUAUGACGGAUGAUCUUGCUAGGAUGGAGCCGUUGCUUCGAGCCAUGAAGGACGAUGCUAACAUCGCCCAAACGGCUAGUUGUUCGGGCAUCAUAGCCAAUAGAUUUCCAGAGCUGGCCGGGAAGGACUACCUCACCUGGGCUGAGGUCAGAGGCAUGCUUUUGAAGACGAGAGAGGAGAGGAUUCUCGCAAACGCCGGGAAGCCAAAGAUGUACAAGAGACCCUUGCUCCUUGAAGCUGUGGAGGUCUUCAAAAAUGAGAACGCUCAGGAUCCCGAACGAAUCUUUUAG